UCGUUUCCUGGAAACGGGCGGCGGCGGAGCUGCAGGCGGAAGAGUCCGUGUCGGGGGCGCUGCCCGCCUUCGUUUGCGGGAGAGGAAGAGGACGCUGCGGAGGCCGCCAGCAGGAACGCGGUGGAACGGAGUUCCGGCACCUCUUGAAAAUGGUCACAUGGCUGGUGGCCCCGCCCCCUGAUCUCCAGGCAGAGGGGAGUUGAGAUUGCCCUCCGUGCCGCCGAACCUGUGCAGAAGAAAGUACACUCCUCACAACAGCUUGUCGUAGCUGUAUAUGACCUACUACAACUUCGGCCUGUGUAACAGCCUCCUGGAAGGGCUGAGACAGGCUCCUAUUUUGGGGCCUGCUGGUGACACCGUAAAACAGAGCAAUUUAAAAGCGCUUACGAGGCAGCUUGAAGAGAGCUUUGGCUUCUCUGUUUAAUUAUCUAUGUUAACGAAGUAUUUUAUUGAUUUUACAUGAACGUCGGGGUAGCCCACAGCGAGGUGAAUCCCAACACACGAGUUAUGAACAGCCGAGGCAUUUGGCUGGCCUACAGCAUCUCUGUGGCCACGCUUCACGUCAUCCUUCUCAGCAUCCCCUUCUUUAGCGUCCCUGUGGUCUGGACCCUAACCAACGUCAUCCAUAACCUGGCAAUGUACUGGCUCCUGCACACAGUGAAAGGGACCCCUUUUGAAACGCCUGACCAGGGCAAGGAUCGCCUCCUCACACACUGGGAGCAGAUUGAUUACGGUACACAGUGGACCUCUUCUCGCAAGUUCCUAAGCAUCUCACCAAUAGUCCUCUAUAUCCUGACCAGCUUUUAUACCAAAUAUGACCCCGGGCACUUCAUCAUCAACACGACGUCCCUGUUGAGUGUCCUCCUGCCUAAACUGCCUCAGUUUCACGGUGUCCGCAUCUUCGGUAUCAACAAGUACUGAAGCAGGGACCUUGGUACUGCCGAGAUGUAACUGAAGGAGAAACAGCUCCCAGCUCCAGUAACCUGGUGACGAACCAGUGAUCACACUGUCCUGAGAUUGAGCUAUGAAGAGCCACGUACAAUAGAGAGGGGCAGAGAGAUCUCUAUCUGCCCAGAGAACUGAGCAGUACGGAACUUUUUUUUUUUUCUUGCAAGGAGAUUGAGCCGAUCAGUUGGCGUUGCUUCUGGCGGAAUGAAAAGACGAGCCCUUGGCAAGGGCAUGAAAUCCGCAGAAUUGCCAUGUUAGACUACUGUUUUGAGCUGUUUGUCAUGGGCGACUGGGAUCAGCUUCUGUGUUUAAACCUUUCCCUUUUUUUUUUUUUAUACAUUCCCACUUCAAACAUGCUUGUGCUGCUAUGGCUUUUUUCCUUUUGGGGAAGAGGAAAGGAUGGGGAAUCGAGAGAGUUUGUGAAUGUGACGUGUCAUAAUGGGGUAGAUCCGAAGUGCUCCUAAAGUUCACAAAACAUCCACGUGAUCCUUCAGGCAUAACUUGAUAAGAUACCAACUUUCAGUAGGAUUUAUUCAUAUGAAUGAAAUAUGAUACCUAGGCCUCCAGCACAGGACUUGGUUUCCAUUUUUUAAGGAGGGCUUUUAGUUCUUGUAGUUCUGGGAGAAAACUUAAGGCCAUUUUAACAGUGGAAGACUCAAAAUAGGAGGGAGCUUUUUGUCAGGACUGCUUCCAUCUAUCUAUACGCGUUUUCUGCACGCCUGUGUCUUCUCUCCAGUGUGUUUUUAUUCUCCUCCUUCCUUGGCACCUACAGCAUCAGACCUUCCUAGGUCGUGGUGGAUUCUUUGAAAGUUUGAAUCCGAGAGCUGCUUCAACCAGGUGUAAACUGAUUUUAAAGAAAGGGGUUGGAAGUUAAAGAAAUGACUGAAGAGAACUAAAGAAACUGCUAGUAUAGACAGUCUUCACAAGCUCUGAAAGCAGUGAACUAUGCCCAUGAUCAGCUAACUUUUGUCUUUACAGCUAGUGUAAGAGUCAUCUGUAGAGUGCACUGUUAUGGCUUAACAUUACAGGCACUCUUCCUGAGGCUGGCACAACAAAGGCAAGCCGACAAUGUACUAUAAAGAUGCUAUGCCAGUGUAACUUAUGCGACUCAAAUUCUGGUGCGCCACCAAUGAAGCUGGGACAUGCAUUUAUUCAUGAAAAUGUUGUUGUUCCACUUUUCUUGCUUUCCUGUGGCCCAAUGUAGCAUGCAAAAAUAGCCCAUAAUAUGAGCUGCACUGAACAAGCACGUAAUUAGAAAGAAUACACUAGACAUAUUCAUCCCCUACUGCUAAAAUUUCUUGGAAAGAGCAGUCUUCUCUGAGUGCUGGCAAGAGAAAUAAUUUUCUGACCUCUGGAAGAGCGUUUUAGAGGAAAGAGGCUACAGUAAAAAGAGUUUAGGGCUAGGGUAAUGCAGAUCUUACUGGCCUAAAUAUACAAUGGUGAGCAAGUCUCCUCCUGUAGCACGUUGCAGCUGAAUCUAAAAGGGGUGUGUGUGUCUUUUUUUUUAUUUACUUCAUUUAUACCCCUCACUUUUCUCCCCGACGGAGACCUAAAGUGGCUUCCAUCAUUCUCCAUUUUACAGUCGCAACAACACUGUGAGGUAGCUUAGUGUGUGACUAGCUCAAGAUCAUCCAGCAAGCAUCUGUGGCAAAGUGAGGAUUUGAACCCGGGUCUUCCAGUUCUUAGCAUGGCACUCUGACCAUUGACCAUGCUGGCUCGCCUGCUUUUCUUGCAAGGCAGUGUACAAAACGUGCUUUUCGAAGACGGUCUCAGCUGGGUCGCCGUCCGUCUGCAGUAGUAACAUGAAAUUGCUGAGGGGGAGGGUCCGCCCCUCCCAUAAUCUGCCCCCCCCCCACUUCUAGAAACCCUUGAGCAGGAAGUUCUUCCAAGACAUUUUUAGGUUUUUAAAAUUUCUUUUAAGCGCUUUCAUACAUGGAGAAGCCAAACCGGGAAUCCAUUUUCUGCCUUUUAGUGUACGCUGCUGCAUAGCUUGCAAAAGUACUUUUAAUACAAAACUACGAAACAUGCCACGUGGGGGGUUUUUUGGUUUGCUUUUAUUGGGUUUUUUUGUAAAGGGAUAGCUGUGUUUCAGACUCUUCACUCUCAUCACAAAAGGACAAUUUCGCUACGCUACACAGAAAUCACUCACAAAGUAAUAAAACCGCAAAACACAAAAUAUAAUUCCUCACAAAGUCCACGCUUUAUUUAAAAAAAAGUGAUUAUUUUGGGAUCAUAAAAGGGUUAAAACUUAAUAUAUAUAAUAUGUGCAACCGUAAACAGAAGUAUGGGACAAGGCGUCAAAUGCGAUUAUACAGGCAGAGAAC